UCGGUCGAUUCAGUUUUAGCCUCGUAAUACCUAUCUCUCUCUCUCUAUCUCUCUGCCCCUUCUCUUCUCUUCUCUCUCAUUUCUUCAAUCGCCUUUCCAACGAAUUCACGAUCUCUCUUGAUCGCUCCGUCCUCUCUCUUCUCCGUUUCAGAUAACAAUUUUCUAUCAAGCAGAUGUCUCCAGCAUCCAAAUCGAAGUCCAAGGACAAAAAGGCUGUCAAGGAACCUCAGAAGGCUUCUCCGAAGCCUUCAGUACAUGCUAAUGCAGCUAGUGGUAUCCCAGUCAGUGGUUACAACCCGCAUUUGGGAAAAUUCCACACACUUGAGACGGCACCAUUGUCUUCCGCUUUACCUUUGCACAUAAAUGGCCGUUUCCGGAAUAUAGAUGACUCAGACGACCAUUCUGGGAACUCAGUUGGAACUGGGAUGGAAUAUGAUACUGUUUCCAACAAUGGUAGUUGGUCUGGUGAGUCAGAUGAUCAUAAAGAGAAAACAUCUCAGCAUCCUCUCCGUCAGGAGGUAAUACCAGGAGCGGACAACGACAAAAGAGAGAAAAUCCGCCAAAAGAACGAGAAGAAGCAUCAGCGUCAAAAAGAGAAGCGAGCCCAGGAAUUGCACGAGCGGUGUCGUGGCUUUCUCAUGUCAAGAAAGCUGGAAUCACUCGCCCAACAGCUUGUCUCAAUGGGAUUUUCUUCUGAACGGGCAACAUUGGCUCUCAUUUUAAAUGAAGGGAAAAUAGAGGAAUCAGUGGCAUGGCUAUUUGAAGGGGGUGAAGAAGCUGAUGACCACAAUGAACACAAGCUUGAUGGGGGUAAUCUUAAAAUUGACAUAUCAGAGGAACUAGCUCGAAUUGCUGACAUGGAGAUUAGGUACAACUGCUUAAAGCAGGAGGUUGAAAGAGCUAUUGUUGCCUGCGAAGGUGAUCUUGAUAGGACAGCAGAAACAUUGAGAGCACAGAAGCAGGACCCACCACCCUCUGCCCCACCGAAGCUAGAAGAAACUGGUGAUCCACCAAUCAUCAGCAACGGCAAACUUUCAGUAUCUUGUAGUCAGAAUUCAUUGAGGCCUCAACCAAAACCUAAUUCAUCUGCUAUCAUACAACAGAGGAGAGAUGACAGAGAUUUUAAUUAUACCAAAACAGUAGCUACAGUUGGAGUACCUGUGGAAUCGGGAAGCAAAAAUUCACAGGUGUUGAGGAAAAUUCAGCCUAAAUUGGAGUGGGCAAAACCACAACAACAGAUUGCAAUGUCUGCUGAUAAAAGGUGGCCCCCAAGUGCUGCAUCAAAUCCUUCGGCCUCCUAUUCUAUGGCAUCACCUUUGCAGGCAACAUCUCCACCAGCCAAGACAGAAACCCGAUACAUGGCUCUCGGAAGCGAAUUGAAGAAUCUUCAACUGGGAUCAGUUAAGGAACCAGUUGUAGUGAUGCAACGACCCCAAUCAGCGAAUGUGAAGCAAGCCCCAACCACAAGCAUGAGUUCAUCUCCGUCCGGAACAGUCUCUGGUUGGUAUCCAAACAAUGUAGAAGUAGUAAAGCAGCCUAAUGGAUUAUCACCGCAUAUUCCUAGUAGUACAAGAAGCCUUACUCCUAACAAUUUGAAUCAGUUGUACAACCAGUUUCAUUAUCAACAACACCCUCAAUUCGUGUCGAGCAACGGUCCAGUGGAUUCUCCUGGAGCGGCAGCACGGGGAAAUGGUUUGUGGAAUAGAAUGAGUACAUCUCCGACACUUGCAGCUGCAUCCUCUCUCGGACUAUUCUCUGGAUUGGGCUCGAAUGGGUCAUCUGGGUCGUUAUCUCCUGUAGACUGGAACACAGGUGGCUCAACACAGCAGUUUGAUUAUACUAACAUAGAUUGGACUUUGGACCGGAGUUCAUCUAGGUCAAGUGGAAUGUGGCAGGGAAUGAUGAAAAACAACAAUCAUGUACAUGAUUCGUAUACUUCUGGACUGAAUGCUAGGACAGCCAUGAGACCGCCUUUGGCCAAUGGUGGGCUAGCAGGAUUGCAAGAUGGCGGAGUAGUAGCUUCUGGGGAAACGUCAACGACUGGUGGUGGUUCUUCGCUUGAGUGGUCGUCUCCUUUUGAGGAGAAAGAUCUGUUUAGUUUACCCAGACAGUUUGUUUCUUCGCCUUCCCUGUAGGAUGAGCAGUGCCAACUCGGAGAAGGGUUUAAAAAAAGAAUAAAAAAGAAAAGAAAAAAAAAGACCAGAAAUUGUGCUUGGAUUUAUGUUGGUGUUGGUUCUUAUGAUGCUGCUGUUCAAUGAUUGUCAUCGUCAAUCUUUAGUGCAAAAAGCAUCCAAGAGUCAUUUUAUUUCUGCUGCUGCUCUUCUUUUAUUUUUAUUUAUUUUAUUUUCA